AAUUGCGCAAACAAUAAUCAGGUAAGGCUUGAACACAGAGGAUAUGAAUUGCAGAGUCCACAGCCUCGGGGCCGCUUCGGUGCUGCAGUCUCCCCAAACUCGUGUUUUGGAUUAAAUUACAUUUCAACUGUAAACUGUUUGCCCGGGUUUGGUUAUUUGACGACAGCUCGCCAGCUGACCCGAAUCCGCAGCAGGGAGCCGGUGACCGGAUCUGUGCUGGCGCAGCGUGGCUCGGCCACUGGGGGGUUUGGAAGCCGCGGGCAAGCGUUGGCGUUGUUGCGGGGCGUUGUUGCGCACGCACGCUGGUUGUGAAGAGGAGGAGGGGAGGACGACAGACUCUCUCUUUCAUUGUGCUGCUAGGUACGGUCCGCGAAAAUAUGGAGCCUUAAAUAUGGUAGCAAGGAAGAAAGGAGAGAGAGGGAAAUGUAAAAUUAGUAAGAAUAAAAGGUGAGUGUUUAAAAAUAUAAAGGGAGCGGCGAUGAUUUAUGUGAUCCUGUUGUCCGCACUGGCCGGGGCUCUGUGCGUCGUGGUGUUGCAGAUAUUACUGCUGUACCGGAACAAACCCGAGACUGUACCCCGGCAUGUACAAUACGUCAAGCCCGUGGUUGAGCCCCCGCUCAAGGACUAUUUCAGCGGCAGCAAGGAGCCGCCGGCUUCCCCGGACUCCACUUGCUCGGCGCCCGGGACCGGCGGCGGCAGCAAGCCCGAGAGCUGCCUCUUUCUCAACGCCAUCUUUCUGUUUCUCUUUCGGGAGCUCCGCGACACCCCGAUUGUCCGACACUGGAUCACCAAGAAGAUCAAAGUGGAGUUCGAGGAACUGCUGCAGACCAAGACGGCGGGUCGGCUGCUGGAGGGUCUCAGGCUCCGUGACAUCUCUCUGGGCAACGCACUACCAGUGCUCCGGAGAGCUCGGCUGCUGCAGCCCGUCCCGUCGAACCCUGCCGCCGGUGGCCAGGACGAUGAGGCCGGCGGCGGUGUCCCCGAUGAGCUCAACUUCGAGGUGGAGCUCGAGUACAACGGGGGCUUUCAUCUCGCGAUUGACGUGGACCUGGUCUUUGGCAAGUCGGCCUAUCUCUUCGUCAAGAUGAGGAGAGUGGUGGGCCGGCUGAGGCUGCAGUUCACCCGGCGUCCCUUCACGCAUUGGUCUUUCGCCUUCAUGGACGACCCUUUCAUCGAUUUCGAAGUGAAGUCGCAGUUUGAGGGCCGACCCAUGCCACAGCUCACCUCCAUCAUCGUUAACCAGCUCAAGAGGGUCAUCAAGAGGAAACAUACCUUACCCAACUACAAGAUCAGGUACAAACCUUUCUUUCCACACCAAGUUGUCCCGACCGUAGUGGAUGCAACAAACUGUGACCUGUACGUACAGCAGUCAAGUAUCACUGAAGGACGCCUAAAAGUCACUGUCGUAGAAUGUAGCAGGUUAUUUAUUCUCGGAUCGUAUGACCGAAAUGAGUGCAUUCACUGUACACUGGAGCUGAGCACGGAGCUGUGGAAAGAGAAGACUCGAAGCUCCAUCAAAACGGUAUCUUUGCUUUUAAAUAUUGAAGUUUAUAAUGAUAAAGAAACUUCUAUUUAUUGUCAUCUCUCUGUUUAAGUGUGUUUGGGACUGCUUUUGCUGUUGGGCUUUCGCAGCCUGAAUCUGGGUAUAUUUCCUUCCUACUGUAUUAAUAAUUCAUAUUUGCAGGAGCUAUGAAAACACAGACAUUU